AUGGUGCCGUCCUCCGGUGGUCAUCGGCAGACCAUCACCAUACCGCUCACUUUCAGCUCGCGGCCAUCAAGACCCGUGCUGCCCGCGUCCGGCCAGCUCACCAUCACUCCCGUGUACGCGACUAGCGGCUCCGGGAGCCAUGCCAACGCUCAGGACUCCGGCAACCCUAACAAGAUCGUAGUCGUUAUCAAGGGGGUAGGUCAGUCGGGAGGAGGGUAUGGCCAACAUCAGCCAGCCCAGACGAUCGUGAUUCGGCCGCAAGGAACUUCCUCAUCGGCAGGCUCCCACAGUCAGAGCACUGCAGGAAGUUACGGCGGGUCCGGGGCGCGACCGGGUUCGUGCUCAGUGUGCGGCCCGCCACCACCCCCGCCAGCGUACGGACCGCCAAGUCCCCCGCCGUCGUACGGACGACCAAAUCCGCCGCCACCCCCACUGCCGUAUAGUCCACCUAGUCCACCGCCGCCGUCGUACGGUCCACCCAAUCCACCGCCACCUCCACCGUCUUACGGUCCGCCCGCACAACCCGCACCGUCGUACAGUGGUUCAUCGUCCGGAGCCUCGUCACAGUCCCAGAGCUCGUCAAGCGGCUACGGAGGGUCGUCGCACACCUACCCUGCGCCGACGUACGCCCCUUCUCCACCCCCAGCCCCCACUUACGCCCCCUCGCCAGCGCCGCCCCCUGCGCCCGCCCCCUCGUACGGCUCUACGGGCAGUAGCAGCGGCUCUCAGUCGUCCAGCGCCGCAAAUGCCGGCAGCGUCUCCUCGGGGGGUAGCUACGGCGGAGACUUGUACUCCCCCACCAACCCAGCGACCUGUUCAGCGUGCGGGCGCCCCAGUGCUGGCGCGCAGCCCGCUCCCGCCCCCGCUUACAGCAGUGGGGCGCCGUCCGCGUCCUCCUCGUCGCAGAGCCAGGCGUCCUCCGCGUCCCAGAGCGGUGGCGGUACGUACGCCGCGUAUCCUGCGUCGCAACCUGCCCCUCAGCCCGCCGGAUCGGCAUACGGCGGCAGUGGCAGCUCAGCGCAGUCGUCAAGCCAGUCUCAGGCGGGAAGCGCGGCCGGGGGCUACGGAGGUGGUGCGACCUAUGCGCCCCCAGCUCCCCUCCCGAGCAGCCACCCUCCUGCCGGGGGAGCGUACGGUGCGGGCGUGUCGAACUCGGGGUCCUCCUCGCAGAGCGGCAGCUCAUCCGGCUCGUACGGUGGAUCCAGUGGGGGUUCGUACGCCCCCGCCCCUGCACCUGCUCCUUGCUCAGUUUGUCAGGGCGGCACGCGCCCGCCCACUGACGGGACCCCCGCCUACGCUCCUCCGCCAGCGCCAAUACCACCCCAACCGUCAGUUCCCGCCGUACAGCCGUCAUAUGGCACCCCGAGCACGGCGCAGUCGUCCAGCGCCUCCCAGGCAGCCUCCCAAGCAGCCUCCCAGGCAGCGGGCGCCUACCAGGGCACCGCAGCACCUGCCGCGGACCCAGCUGCAGGAUACGGCGUCGCCGGCUCCGGCUCCAGCUCCAACUCGCAAGCUUCUUCUGGCUCGUACAGCGCCGGUGGAGGUGCUGGGAGACCUGCCACACCGCCCUACGCACCGCCCGCGAGAGUCCCUGGCUCAUACGGCGGUUCGGGUUCGGGUAGCCAGGCAGGCAGUCAAGCCUCGUCGGGUAGCGGGGCCGGUUCCGGGGGCAUGUCCGCGCCGUACGCCAACGCCCCCGGUGGCGGCGGCGGUGGGUCGGGGGCGUCCAGCCAGGCGAGUAGCAGCAGCUCCGCGUCCAGCUACAGCGGGGGGAUGGACUUCGUCUUCCCCGACAUGGACCCCCCGGUGAGGCCGGCGCCCAGGCCUCCCCAGCCGGUAGGAGGGGCGGGUAGCGGAGCGUACAGUGGCGCCUCGAGCUCCUCUCACUCCGAGGCGGGGGCGGGCGGAGCAGGCUUCGCGCCCUCCGCUAACGAGGUGAUACCGGGGGCGGGCCACACGGGUGGCAGCCUAGCUAACAGCGCUUCCAACAGCCAGGCUUCGUCCGCUGCCCAGUCCCGUGGUUUUGGAGCUGGUUACGGGAACGAACUCGGUGGCGGCGGCCAUGGUGGGGGUGCGGCCUCGUCCUCCUCGAGUUCGUCCAGCUCCAGCUCUGGCUCUGGCUCUGGCCUCGGAGGUUCGAAAGCUUCUAGCGCCUCUAAGAGCGAGUCUAGCUCAUCCGGCGGUAGCGGGGCGUCGUCCUCGUCGUCAUCUAGUUCUUCAAGCUCAAGUGGCUCCUAUGGAAAAUAAGGGGCCACAGACACAGCUCCGAAGGGAAUCUGCAUCAAAGUCCAUGUCUUGUUUAAGAAAUUAAUGUAAAGCUGUGUAGACCUGCUAGAAGUUUGUGAAGCAGUCCUUAAUGGUUGCCAUACUAGUCCUUUACGACAGUUUUUGGACUUUCUCAGAAAACCAAUUAAGUCGGCAUUCAAACCUUCGCCUUCAUCCUAGGCAAUACUGUAGACCACACCUAAACAUUAAUAGAUUAACAGAUCAAUUUUACAUAUCUUGCCUUACAAAGUUUAUUACAAUUGAAAUAUCUUAUUAUCAAAGGGAAAAAUAAAGGUCUUACUGUCAAAAUACAAAAUGCAACUGUUAUAUCGGUAUGUUAAUCUGUUGAUCUCUUUAGGGAAGACUACUAUAAAUGUGGUGUAUUUGUACAGAAAGUACCUUUUCUGGAACCUUUUGUGGGAUGUGUUCUACAAUAUAUAAGCUGUUUGGAAUUUUAUCCUGUUACUUCUAGCUUGGCCCUGUGAACAAUUUGAGGCCCUCAAUAAGACCAACUCAUAACUUUUUAACUACACUUUUAUGAGCUUUGAAUACUAAUGUAUGUUUUAUUUUUUUUCGAAGCUCCGAAAUUUUAUUGCGUUCAAAUUUAAAGUUACCGAGUUGGUCGUCUCAGGAUUUAUGUUUUGAAAAGUGCUUCUGAAGGUGUCGCAGCCAGAAUUGCUGAUUUCUUUUAUGUUCUUAUAUAAGCUUUUGUGUUGGUUAAAUUUCAACUUUUAAAAUUCUUAACAUGUUCACAUGUUGUAAAUAGUAAAAUCGACAUAACAUUACAACUCUGGCUUAGAGAAGUAGUUCCUUUGUCUUUUCUGAUUUUAAAAAUAAUCACCUCAGCUCUCUGCUUAUAAUUUUGAGGCGCAAGGAACGGUUUCAGUAGGAAUGAAUGAAUGAAUGAAUGAAUGGACAAUAACGGUUGGUCUUACAGACCCCAUACAAUAAUUUUCUUUGUUUUUUCAUCAAAGUGAACAUAAACAUCAUACUCCCAUACCUGCCUGAUAAUAUUUAAUCAUUGAGCUGUCAAAUUCAGUAGUCUCCCCUUAAAGUGAUUUCUCUAGCAAACAAAUGCGUGUAAAAUGAUAUAGGAAGUCUAGGACGUCUGUCACGUCAAAAAAUAUUAAUAACUAUGUGGGUCGCCUCAACUGUGAUACAAUAAUAUUUUAUUUAUUAACAACACGAA